AAAACUUCUACAUCCUCCCUGGGCAGCUGGAUGCUCUACUGUGUGGAAACAGCUCGGACUCAGGGUGAGUCUCAUGCUCUAUUACUACAAACUGAAACUUCCAGUAAGUUGGAAUAGCCACCAUACAAGGGAACAACUGAGAGCAUAAUACUAACAUAACUAGGACUUUCACACAAAUCAUGCAUUGGGAGAUUUGCGUGAAAAUCAUGACUCACCCUCUCCCUCCCUCCCUCCCUCCCUCCCUCCCUCCCUCUCUCCCUCCCUCCCUCCCUCCCUCUCUUCCUCCCUCCCUUCAUCCCAGGCGGUGCCCUGAGGGCUACAUGUGUAUGAAGGCCGGGAAAAACCCAAACUACGGCUACACCAGCUUCGACAGCUUCGGCUGGGCCUUCCUCACUCUCUUCCGCCUCAUGACCCAAGACUUUUGGGAGAACCUCUACAUGCUGGUAAGGCCGAGUUCAUCAUAGACAGAAAAUGUAUACUGGAAUAACUCCUGCUUGUAAUGGCGGAAGCAGUGUAAUUCAAUGGAGGCGGCUUAUAUGAGCAGCCGGAGAGCAUUGAAACCAAACCGAUGGAUUGAGACAGCUCUAUCUUGUUCUUUUGAGCUGGGAACUGACUGUCAGUUCUGCAAUACUGUCCUUUAAUGGCUAGUUGGGUUAUUAAGGCUGGUAUGUCUGCGCUGUCUACAACAUGCAAAAUAAACACUUCAUCAAACGUACAGUACAUGACAGUGAAUCAGCAAAUAGCCUCACAGCACUUACUCUCUCUGGGUUUCUUUGCCCUUUUGAAUUUGACCAGCAGGUUGGUGAAAAACAGGCGUCAGGCGGGUGAAAAAGUCAAACUGUGGGUCGAUUACUGAUUCAUGUCAAGGACUGGUCUGUCUGUUGAUGAAAGGCUGCAUGGAUUCUAUCUCAGAGUUUAUUCUGAUUUCUGGUCUUCGGUCGUAAUCUAAGAUCCCCUGUAGCUCAGUUGGUAGAGCAUGGCGCUUGCAACACCAGGGUUGUGGGUUUGUUUCCCACGGGGGGCCAGUAUGACAAUGUAUGCACUCACUAACUGUAAGUCACUCUGGAUAAGAGCGUCUGCUAAAUGACUAAAAUGUAAUGUCGCAGAUCAGAGACAGAUUCGGUUUUAACUUUGACUGGAAGACCUUGAGAGAACUAUUGUUGUUGAGUGUAAGUGUGCUUUAAGAGAAAGAGUCUGCAAGUGGUACAAUGUGUGUAAAUGUGAAAUCGUGAACACAGCGACACACACAGAAACACACAUAUGCACACACACACACACACAGAAACACGCAGGCGCACACCACGCCUGCACGCACGCACACACACACACACACACACAUACACACUCACAACUGCCUAUUCCCCUCUACUCUCAUCAUUAAAGUGAUGCUACAAAGGUUUUGUAUAUUUUUAAGCCAGUGGUUUUGAAAGUAGUGCUCAAGAGCCGAAUAGGGUCCCUGAAAAUGCAGCACAAUUGUGCACGACGUCACAAACAGUAUGUGUAUCAUGUCAUUGUUCUCGACCCCUGCAGCAUGUGCACAAAGAGAGUUUUAAAAAACUCUGUGGUGUGCACUGUGCAGACUUGGGCCCGCCCUGCAACCUCUUCAGUCAAUACUGGACCGACCUGAUCCUGCCUCCCACUUUUACCUUGCAACCUCAUUGGACAUCAUUCAAUCAAUUUUCAAUCAAUUUUAUUUUAUAUAGCCCUUCUUACAUCAGCUAAUAUCUCGAAGUGCUGUACAGAAACCCAGCCUAAAACCCCAAACAGCUAGUAAUGCAGGUGUAGAAGCACGGUGGCUAGGAAAAACUCCCUAGAAAGGCGAAAACCUAGGAAGAAACCUAGAGAGGAACCAGGCUAUGAGGGGUGGCCAGUCCUCUUCUGGCUGUGCCGGGUGGAGAUUAUAACAGAACCAUGCCAAGAUGUUCAAAAAUGUUCAUAAGUGACAAGCAUGGUCAAAUAAUAAUCAGGAAUAAAUCUCAGUUGGCUUUUCAUAGCCGAUCAUUAAGAGUUUGAAAACAGCAGGUCUGGGACAGGUAGGGGUUCCAUAACCGCAGGCAGAACAGUUUAAACUGGAAUAGCAGCAAGGCCAGGCGGACUGGGGACAGCAAGGAGUCACCACGGCCGGUAGUCCCGACGUAUGGUCCUAGGGCUCAGGUCUCUCAGUUGGCUUUUCAUAGCCGAUCAUUAAGAGUUGAAAACAGCAGGUCUGGGACAGGUAGGGGUUUCGUAGCCGCAGGCAGAACAGUUGAAACUGGAAUAGCAGCAAGGCCAGGCGGACUGGGGACAGCAAGGUGUCAUCAUGCCCGGUAGUCCUGACGUAUGGUCCUAGGGCUCAGGUUCUCAGAGAGAAAGAGAGAACGAGAGAAUUAGAGAGAGCAUACUUAAAUUCACACAGGACACUGGAUAAGACAGGAGAAGUACUCCAGGUAUAACCAACUAACCCCAGCCCCCCGACACAUAAACUACUGCAGCAUAAAUACUGGAGGCUGAGACAGGAGCGGUCCGGAGACACUGUGGCCCCAUCCGAAGAAACCCCCGGACAGGGCCAAACAGGAAGGAUAUAACCCCACCCACUCCGCCAAAGCACAGCCCCCGCACCACUAGAGGGAUAUCCCCAACCACCAACUUACAAUCCUGAGACAAGGCCGAGUAUAGCCCACAGAGGUCUCCACCACAGCACAAACCAAGGGGGGGGCGCCAACCCAGACAGGAAGAUCACGUCAGUAACUCAACCCACUCAAGUGACGCACCCCUCCCAGGGACGGCAUGAAAGAGCACCAGCAAGCCAGUGACUCAGCCCCUGCAACAGGGUUAGAGGCAGAGAACCCCAGUGGAGAGGGGAACCGGCCUGGCAGAGACAGCAAGGGCUGUUCGUUGCUCCAGCCUUUCCGUUCACCUUCACACUCCUGGGCCAGACUACACUCAAUCAUAUGACCUACUGAAGAGAUAAGUAUUCAGUAAAGACUUAAAGGUUGAGACUGAGUCUGCGUCUCUCACAUGGGUAGGCAGACUGUUCCAUAAAAAUGGAGAUCUAUAGGAGAAAGCCCUGCCUCCCGCUGUUUGCUUAGAAAUUCUAGGGACAAUUAGGAGGCCUGCGUCUUGUGACCGUAGCGUACGUAUUGGUAUGUACGGCAGGACCAACUCGGAAAGAUAGGUAGGAGCAAGCCCAUGUAACGCUUUAUAGGUUAACAGUAACACCUUGAAAUCAGCCCUUGCCUUAACAGGAAGCCAGUGUAGGGAAGCUAGCACUGGAGUAAUAUGAUCAAAUUUCUUGGUUCUAGUCAGGAUUCUAGCAGCCGUAUUUAGCACUAACUGAAGUUUAUUUAGUGCUUUAUCCGGGUAGCCGGAAAAUAGAGCAUUGCAGUAGUCUAACCUAGAAGUAACAAAUGCAUGGAUUAAUUUUUCUGCAUCAUUUUUGGACAGAAAAUUUCUGAUUUUUGCAAUGUUACGUAGAUGGAAAAAAGCUGUCCUUGAAACAGUCUUGAUAUGUUCGUCAAAAGAGAGAUCAGGGUCAAGAGUAACGCCUAGGUCCUUCACAGUUUUAUUUGAGACGACUUUACAACCAUCAAGAUGAAUUGUCAGAUUUAACAGAAGAUCUCUUUGUUUCUUGGGACCUAGAACAAGCAUCUCUGUUUUGUCCGAGUUUAAAAGUAAAAAGUUUUCAGCCAUCCACUUCCUUAUGUCUGAAACACAGGCUUCUAGCGAGGGCAAUUUUGGGGCUUCACCAUGCUUCAUUGAAAUGUACAGCUGUGUGUCAUCCGCAUAGCAGUGAAAGUUAACAUUAUGUUUUCGAAUAACAUCCCCAAGAGGUAAAAUAUAUAGUGAAAACAAUAGUGGUCCUAAAACGGAACCUUGAGGAACACCGAAAUGUACAGUUGAUUUGUCGGAGGACAGACCAUUCACAGAGACAAACUGAUAUCUUUCCGACAGGUAGGAUCUAAACCAGGCCAGAACUUGUCCGUGUAGACCAAUUUGGGUUUCCAGUCUCUCCAAAAGAAUGUGGUGAUCGAUGGUGUCAAAGGCAGCACUAAGGUCUAGUAGCACGAGGACAGAUGCAGAGCCUCGGUCUGACGCCAUUAAAAGGUCAUUUACCACCUUCACAAGUGCAGUCUCAGUGCUAUGAUGGGGUCUAAAACCAGACUGAAGCAUUUCGUAUACAUUGUUUGUCUUCAGAAAGGCAGUGAGUUGCUGCGCAACAGCUUUUUCUAAAAUUUUUGAGAGGAAUGGAAGAUUCGAUAUAGGCCGAUAGUUUUUUAUAUUUUCCGGGUCAAGGUUUGGCUUUUUCAAGAGAGGCUUUAUCACUGCCACUGUUAGUGAGUUUGGUACACAUCCGGUGGAUAGAGAGCUGUUUAUUAUGUUCAACAUAGGAGGGCCAAGCACAGGAAGCAGCUCCUUCAGCAGUUUAGUAGGAAUAGGAUCCACCUGCCAAUCAACAUUGUCCAUCAAGUUCUGUUAAUGCAGGCUACUUCCCAUUGUUACAUGCAUGGGCCUUUUAUCAAUUAGAUUUGCCUCCUGCGUCCUCUCUCCUCCAUCCUCUCUCGCCUCCUUUUGAAAAAGGUAAUAGUUAAUCGAGGAGAGUCGGCGAGGAGAGUGAACGUGGAUGGCAAUGCGCUAGACUGAAAUGAGACGGUCCUUCUCCACUCGCACAUCAUUAGGCAAAUUACGUUUACAUGGGAGUAUCCUAAAAUACAUAUGUAAAGUGCUCAAAACAAAUUAAGUUAGUUGUGCAAGACAUUUUGUAGAUAAAACAAAAAGUAGCAAAUUGUUUUUAAACGUGUGCAUGUUUUUCUCCCUUGACAAAACAAAAGCUGAUUCAAAGUGUGGUAGAUUUCAAAACACUUCCGCGGUAGGAAACACAUGAAUAUCCUCAAUAAAAGGUGGCUAUCAAGGAGGGGAGGACACUCUUCCGCUUGUUUACUAACGAAUUUACAUACUCCUCGACCACUCAACCAUGUAUUGGUUUCCGGGUCACAGAGGAGAGAGGACGGAGGACGGUCUUUUGCCCAAAUGAGAAUCUCCCAUGGUCUCAUCAGACUAAUAUGGCUAAAACUAUCAGAUAGGGAUGUGCAACAUAAUGUCCACUUCAUAGGAUGAUGACAUAAGUAUAGGCCAAAGGGAUUUUCUAUUUAUUUAAAAAAAAUCUAUUAACCUUUUUGUUAAGUCUAACUUUCCUACCAUGAGGGAACUUCUGACAGCUAUCAGAUCCUCUGAAAAUGAUUUCCCUGUUCCAUGCAGCUAUAGAAAUGUGAUUUAUGCUUCCUGUCCAAUUUGUGAUUGGAAUGCUUCCUCCAAUUAGUGAGCAGGACUGACCUGUCAAUGUGAUAAUGUGAUUUAGAAAAGUAGAAAGGUUAUACUUAAAGUGCAUUCGGAAAGUAUUCAGACCCCUUGACCUUUUCCACAUUUUGUUACGUUACAGCUUUAUUCUAAAAUGGAUUCAGAUUUUUUUUAAUCACACACAAUACCCCAUAAUGACAAAGCAGGUUUUUAGAAAUGUUUGCAAAUGUAUAAAAAAUUAGGAAAUAACUUACAUACCCUUUGCUAUAAGACUCGAAAUUGAGCUCAGGUGCAUCCUGUUUACAUUGAUCAUCCUUGAGAUUUUUCUAUUUACAUUUUAGUCAUUUAGCAGACGCUUUUAUCCAGAGCGACUUACAGGAGCAAUUAGGGUUAAGUGCUUUGCUCAAGGGCACAUCGACAGAUUUUUCACCUAGUUGGCUCUGGGAUUAGAACCAGCGACCUUUCGGUUACUGGCACAACGCUCUUAACCACUAAGCUACCUGCCGCCCAUAUUUCUACAACUUGAUUGGAGUCCACCUGUGGUAAAUUCAAUUGAUUGGACAUGAUUUGGAAAGGCACACACCUGUCUAUAUAAGGUCCUACUGUUGACAGUACAUGUCAGAGCAAAAACCAAGCCAUGGGUGGAAGGAAUUGUCCGUAGAGCUCCGAGACAGGAUUGUGUUGAGGCACAGAUCUGGGGAAGGGUACCAAAACAUUUCUGCAGCAUUGAAGGUCCCCAACAACACAGUGGCCUCCAUCCUUUUUAAAUGGAAGAAGUUUGGAACCUCCAAGACUCUUCCUAGAGCUGGCCACCCGGCCAAACUGAGCAAUUGGGGGAGAAGGGCCUUGGUCAGGGAGGUGACCAAGAACCCGAUGGUCACUCUGAUAGAGCUCUUGAGUUCAUCAGUGGAGAUGGGAGAACCUUCCAGAAGAACAACCAUCUCUGCAGCACUCCACCAAUCAGGCCUUUAUGGUAGAGUGGCCACUUUACAUAUGUAUUUUAGGAUACUCCCAUGUAAACGUAAUUUGCCUAAUGACAUGCGAGUGGAGAAGGACCGUCUCAUUUCAGUCUAGCGCAUUUCCAUCCACCUUCACUCUCCUCGCCGACUCUCCUCGAUUUAACUAUUACCUUUUUUAAAAGGAGGCGAGAGAGGAUGAGAAACAUGAGAAACAAGUUUCUCUGGUCUGAUGAAACCAAGAUUGAACUCUUUGGCCUGAAUGCCAAGCGUCACAUCUGGAGGAAACCUGGCACCAUCCCUACAGUGAAGCAUGGUUGUGGCAGCAUAAUGCUGUGUGGAGGUUUUUCAGCGGCAGGGACUAGGAGACUAGUCAGGAUCGAGGCAAAGAUGAAUGGAGCAAAGUAAAGAGAUCCUUGAUGAAAACCUGCUCCAGAUCGCUCAGGAGCUGACUGGGGUGAAGGUUCACCUUCCAACAGGACAACGACCCUAAGCACACAACCAAGACAACGCAGGAGUGGCUUCGGGACAAGUCUAUGAAUGUCUUUGAGUGGCCCAGCCAGAGCCCGGACUUGAACCCGAUCGAACAUCUCUGGAGAGACCUGAAAAUAGCUGAGCAGCAAUGCUCCCCAUCUAACCUGACAGAACUGGAGAGGAUUUGCAGAGAAAAAUGGGAGAAUCUCCCCAAAUACAGGUGUGCCAAGCUUGUAGCGUCAUACCCAAGAAGACUCAAGGCUAUAAUUGCUGCCAAAGGUGCUUCAGCAAAGUACUGAGUAAAGGGUCUGAAUACUUAUGUAAAUGUAAUAUUAUUUUUAACUUUUUUAUAGAUUAGCAAAUCAUUCCUAAAACCUGUUUUGCUUUGACAUUAUGGGGUAUAGUGUGUAGAUUGAUGAGGGAAAAAAACUAUUUCAUCAAUUUUAGAAUAAGGCUAUAACGUAACAAAAUGUGGAAAAAUCAAGGGGUCUGAAUACUUUCUGAAGGCAUAUAAUAGCCUUGUUUUCUCCUAAUUUUGUACGCCUAUUUAUAUAGAUUAUACAGUGCCUGUCAAAAGUUUGGACACACCUAAUCAUUCAAAGGUUUUUCUUUAUUUUUGGUAUUAUCUACAUUGCAGAAUAAUAGUGAAGACCUCAAAACUAUGAAAUAACACAUAUAGAAUCAUGUAGUAACCAAAAAAGUGUUAAACAAAUCAAAAUAUAUUUUAGAUUUUAGAUUCUUCAAAGUAGCCACCAUUUGCCUUGAUGACAGCUUUGCACACUCUUGGCAUUCUCUCAACCAGCUUCACCUGGAAUGCUUUUCCAACAGUCUUGAAGGAGUUCUCACAUAUGCUGAGCACUUGUUGGCCACUUUUCCUUCACUCUGCGGUCCAACUCAUCCCAAACUAUCUCAAUUGGGUUGAGGUCGGGUGAUUGUGGAGUUCAUAUCAUCUGAUUCAGCACUCCAUCACUCUCCUUCUUGGUCAAAUAGCCCUUACACAGCCUGGAGGUUUGUUUUGGGUCAUUGUCCUGUUGAAAAACUAAUUAUAGUCCCACUAAGCGCAAACCAGAUGGGAUGGCGUAUCACUGCAGAAUGCUGUGGUAGCCAUGCUGGUUAAGUGUGCCUUGAAUUCUAAAUAAAUCACAGACAGUGUCACCAGUAAAUCUCACCUCCUCCUCCAUGCUUCACGGUGGGAACCACACAUGCAGAGAUCAUCCAUUCACCUACUCUGCGUCUCACAAAGACAUGGCAGUUGGAACCAAAAAUCUCAAAUUUGGACUCAUCAGACCAAAGUUUAGAUUUCCACCGGUCUAAUGUACAUUGCUCGGUGUUUCUUGGCCCAAGCAAGUGUCUUCUUCUUAUUGGUGUCCUUUAGUAGUGGUUUCUUUUCAGCAAUUCAACCAUGAAGGCCUGAUUUACGUAGUCUCCUCUGAGCAGUUGAUGUUGAGAUGUGUCUGUUACUUGAAGUACUUGAACUGAUUGGCUCAAACACAUUAAGAAGGAAAGAAAUUCCACAAAUUAACUUUUAAGAAGGCACACCUGUUAAUUGAAAUGCAUUCCAGGUGACUACCUCAUGAAGCUGGUUGAGAGAAUGCCAAGAGUGUGCAAAGCUGUCAUCAAGGCAAAGGGUGGCUAGUUUGAAGAAUCUAAAAUCUAAAAUAUAUUUUGAUUUGUUUAACACUUUUUUGGUUACUACAUGAUUUCAUAUGUGUUAUUUCAUAGUUUUGAUGUCUUCACUAUUAUUCUACAAUAUAGAAAAUAGUAAAAAUAAAGAAAAACCCUUGAAUGAGUAGGUGUGUCCAAACGUUUGACUGGUACUGUACAUGAUCAUAACACAUUGUAUAGAGACAGGCUUUCAAUUACAUGAUCAUCCGCCUAUAUAGCCUACAUUUCACGAGUGCAAAAAAAGUCCUCACAUACAGUAUGCACACUCACACCCCUGGUAUAGACGUGCCAGCACCCUCACGGCUCCCAACAUGCCUGGAGCCAUUCCCAGAGAAACCAAUUGGUUGAUGUUAAAGCAUUACUAACAGUGCCACAGAUAGAAACACCAUACAUCGACAGAUAAGCACAGGGAAGUACCUCAGCUCUGGAGAAGCAUGGGAGAAUACAACUCCAAUAGAGAAUGCUAAAUACUGCCACUCCAAACAAUUAACAAUUAAUGAAUCAAGAUGAUCAUGUUUAAUACAUUAUGACCAUUUUAACAGUAUAUGUUGUUUCUCCUUGUUUUGCCUCUUUCUCUCCCUCCCUUCCAGACUCUGCGAGCGGCAGGGAAAACCUACAUGAUCUUCUUUGUGUUGGUGAUUUUUGUUGGAUCCUUCUACCUGGUCAAUCUGAUCCUGGCUGUGGUGGCCAUGGCCUAUGAGGAGCAGAACCAGGCGACGAUAGAGGAGGCCGAGCAGAAAGAGGCCGAGUUCAAAGCCAUGUUGGAGCAGAUCAAAAACCAGCAGGAGGAUGCACAGGUUAGUCCCUCCCUGGUUUGACUGGGUGGUGAGGCAUCUGUCUGUCUGUCUGUCUCCCUGUCUGUAUGAUUGCUGGGUCUGUCUGUCUAAUUGCUGGGUCUGUGUCUGUCUUUGUGUCUGUCUGUAUACGUCUCACUCCCUUCUCUUACCUGUUCUGUUUUGCCACCCUUCAGGACGCCCAGGUUAGUCACAGACUGGGUGUGGGUGAUGUCUGUCUGUCAGUUUGCCUGUCUCUCUUUUGAAAUUCUUAUCGUAUUCAUCAUUUUGUUUAAUACACAAACCACAAAAUUGUAGCUAAUGUUACUAAUGUCAGUUAACGCUACAGUGUUUCUCAUCCUAAAAGAGUGUUCUCCAUCUGAUAACGUAUUAGUGAGCUAGCCUGUUUUUAGGACUUUAAUAUCCAUGACUUAUCAAAACUUGUUUUCUCAUGGCUUUGUCUUGUUCCUCUGCAGUAGACAUAUGCUAUAGCCUAGUGAGUAACUCAUGCUCCAUGUUAAGAUAUUGUUUAUCAAGUAUUCGAAUCAGCAAAAACGGAUUCGAAUCAGAGUAAGCAAAUCAAUUCAGAAUCGAUAAAAAUAAUUGGGGUCAGCCCUAGUCCAUCUGUCUGUCUCCCGUCACUCCCUUCACUUCUCCCAUCUCUUACCUGUCCCCCACCUCCCCACCCCUCAGGCUGCUGCCAUGGCGACCUCGGCGGGCACGGUGUCGGUGGGCGACGCAGUGGAGGGGGGCGAUGCAACGGAGGGCGGGGGUCAACUAUCACGCAGCUCCUCCGAGGCGUCCAAGCUCAGCUCCAAGAGCGCCAAGGAACGACGCAACCGCAAGAAGAAGUCGCGUCAGAAAGAGGAGGAGAAGAAGGAGAAGGGAGAGAAGGGCGAGAAGGUCGACCACGAGAAGCACGUUAAGUCAGAGUCGGACGACGGCAGCAAGAGGAGCAUCUUCCGUUUCCCGGGCAGCCGGCUGGGACGCAAGACGUCCAUCAUGAACCAGGUAAAAUCUAGCAUGAAACAAUAAAAUAGAAACUAUUUUCUCUCAUCCUGUCUUGGAUUUCUUCACAUUUUACUGUGUUACAAAGUGGGAUUAAAAUGGAUUUAAUUGUUAUUUUUUGUCAAUGAUCUACACAAAAUACAGCAUAAUGUCAAAGUGGAAGAAAAACUCAAUGUUAGAAACAAUUUGGGCAGUGAUUUUUUGGUUAAGUCUGUAAGUGCUUUGCACACCUGGAUUGUGCAAUAUCUGCGCAUUACACUUUAGAAAAUGUCUUAAGCUUUGUCAAGUUAGUUGUUGAUCAUUGAUAGACAGACAUUUUCAAGUCUUGCCAUGUUUAAGCAGAUUUAAGUCAAAACUGUAACUAGGCCACUCAGGAGAAUUCACUGUCUUCUUGGUAAGUAACUCCAGGAUAGAUUUGGCUUUGUGUUUUAGGUUAUUGUCCUGCUGAAAGGUGAAUUUGUCUCCCAGUGUCUGGUGGAAAGUAGACUGAACCAGGUUUUCCUCUAGGAUUUUGCCUGUGCUUAGCUCCAUUGUGUUUCUAUUUAUCCUGAAAAAUGCCCCAGUCAUUGUGAAUGACAAGCAUACCCAUAACAUGAUUCAGCCACCAAAAUGCUUUAAAAUAUGGAGAGUGGUACUCUGUGAUGAGUUGUGCUGGAUUUGCCCCAAACAUAAUACUUUGUAUUCAGGACAAAAAGUGAAUUCCUUUGCCACAUUUUUGUAGUAUUACUUUAGUGCCUUGUUGCAAACAGGAUGCAUGUCUUGCUAUAUUUUUUAUUAUGUACAGUCUUUCUUUUUUUCACAUGGUCAUUUAGGUUAGUAUUGUGAAGUAACUACAAUGUUGUUGAUCCAUCCUCAGUUUUCUCCCAUCACAGCCAUUGACCUUUUACUGCAGUGGGCUAAAUCAGGGUCACAGAGUGUUUCUUGGUAGUCUUUAAAAAAUCUACUUUGAAACAAAAGUAUACACCUCACACACAUUGUUAUAGGCAAAAAAAACAACAACACCUGUACCAUGUCAGAUAUAGAGUUGAAAUGUUCAGUUUUGAGUUUGCAUCCCAAUAUUACAUUUUAUAUACAGUGCAUUCGAAGGGUUUUUAGAACCCUUUCCUUUCUUUCCUUAUUUUGUUAUGUUACAGCCUUACUCUAAAAUGGCUAAAAUCCUUUUCCCCCCUCAUCAAUCUACACACAAUACCCCAUAAUGACAAAGCGUUGGCUACUUUGAAGAAUCAAAAUUGUAGCAAAUCUAUAUAAAAAAUAAAAAAUAACUUAUUUACAUAAGUAUUCAGACCCUUUGCUAUGAGACUUGUAAUUGAGCUCAGGUGCAUCCUGUUUCCAUUGAUCAUCCUUGAGAUGUUUCUACAACUUGAUUGGAGUCCACCUGUGGUAAAUUCAAUUCAUUGGACAUGAUUUGGAAAGGCACACGCCUGUCUAUGUAAGGUCCCACAGUUGGCAGUGCAUGUCAGAGCAUAAACCAAGCCAUGAGGUCGAAGGAAUUGUCCUUAGCGCUCCAAGACAGGAUUGUGUCGAGGCACAGAUCUGGGGAAGGGUACCAAAACAUUUCUGCAGCAUUGAAGGUCCCCAAGAACACAGUGGCCUUCAUCAUUCUUAAAUGGAAGAAGUUUGGAACCAUCAAGACUCUUCCUAGAGCUGGCCGCACGGCCAAACUGUCUCGACUUCCGCCGAGGCUGCCUCCCCUCCUUGUUCGGGCAGGCUUCGGCGUUCGUCGUCACCAGCUUACUAGCCACUGCCGCUCCAUAUAUCAUCAUUCCAUUUGUCUUGUCUUGUCAAUUACACACACCUGGUUCAUAUCCCCUCAUUAGUCCAUGUAUAAGUGUUCCCUCUGCCCCCUUGUCCUUGUGGGUGAUUGUUUUAUGUGAGUUGAGUGUAGCUCGAUUGAGCUACUCGUACCUUGUAUUGCCGGGGUAGAUUAUUCCCCUGUGCCUGUAUUUUGUUGGAGCUACUCGUACCUUGUAUUGCCGGGGUAGAUUGUUCCCCUGUUUUUUUUUUUUACCAAUCUUCAAUCUAGAAAAAGUCAUGGCCUAUACUUCUUCGACUUAAAAAAAAGGUUAGGAGAUGUACACAAGGGUCUCUAAACUAUAACUAUAAGACAAUAAAACAUUUAGUCUAAUUUUGUAAGAUUACUGCCACGCCCCCCAGGGGCCAGAUCUGUGGUGGUUGCAUAUCCUAGAUUUUCAGUGUCCAUAAAUCUAGCUCUGAGCCAAAUUUGGAGCCUUUCUCUUUAAAUAGUCCUUGGUUGUAAAAUAUUGGUACUACUAGGCAGUCAUUUUCAAACAUGGCAUGGCUCCCAUGGCUGCCAUGGGCCAAAUCUGUGGUGGCUCCAUAUCGAAAUCUUUUCAGGAUACAUAAAUCUAACUCUCUGCAAAAUUUGUUUUGUUUAUCUCAAAAUAGUUAUUCUGAACUGCAAAGUAGUGUUAAAGUCAGCAGCCAUCUUUUCAGGGUCCAUAAAUCUAGCUCUGCGACAUAUUUGGUGCCUUUACCUCAAAGCAUUCCUUCUGAAUUGUAAAAUAUUGUUAAUGUCAGCUGCCAUUUUGACAAUGGCUGCCAAACCCCCCAGGGGCCAAAUCUGUGGUGGCUUCAUAUCUAAAUCUUUUUAGGGUAUAUAAAUCUACAUAUGUACCAAUUUUGGUGCUUUUAUCACAAAGUGAACGAUUGAGUCAAAUUUCUCAUCUUAACCGCCCCACUAAUGAUGUCAUAUAAAUGUUAGGUUUAAUAUUAAUGUAACAGUGGUUGCUACUAAGUGACAGAAUUACUAAGGCCUUUCCCUCUAUCCCAAUAUUCAUUUUCUCCUUUCUUCUUUCUCCCCGUCCUGGUGAGAGUCCAUGACUUUGCAUUGUGCUGACACAUCCUCUGUUCAACACUAGUGCAGGCAGAGGAGAGUAGUUUUAGUGUAGCAGCAGUGACUGUACAUUACACUAGUCUUGGCCUGUUUGGUGUGAGGGAAGGGAUGGGAAGGGCAGAGAGAGGCAUGCUUUCACAGGCCCCCGCUACAUUAUUGAUAAGGCCUUUUCAUGAAUCUUUCACUGCCCUGCUGAAAGCAAUAAUCUAGCUGUGUUUUGUCAUUGCCCUGCCUAUCGCCACCCUUACCCCCCUGGUUAAAAAAAAGUUACCUGUAAGAGGCCCAGUCAGAACUGUUUACUAAGCAAAACGGACCUUUGCAUACAUUUGCGUGCCUGAUUUCUAAAGUGACCAUAUUCUAUUCUUUAGUUGCUGUGUCUUUGCAUGUCUGAAUUAACCAUUCUCUCUAAUUUCUGUCUCUGUGGCUACUUCUUUUCCCCACUUAUCCUAUUUGACCUUUUCAUCUUACUUUCCUUUUCUUUCUUACUCUCUCUCCUGCUGUUUUUCUUACAAUCUCACACCCACCCCUCUCUCUUUCUUUCUCUGUCUCUUCUUCUCUCUCACACCCACCCCUCUCUCUUUCUUUCUCUGUCUCUUCUUCUCUCUCACACCCACCCCUCUCUCUUUCUUUCUCUGUCUCUUCUUCUCUCUCAUCCCCUCACCUCUCCCUCCCUUUACAUCUCACUCUCUCACCCCCACCGCUCUGUCUAUCCCUUUCUUUAUUUCUCUUCUCUCUCUCCCUUUCCCCCCUCUCCCUCUUCCUCCUCCAGUCUCUCCUCUCCAUCCCGGGCUCUCCCUUCAUGUCGCGCCACAACAGCCGCAGCAGCAUCUUCAGCUUCAACAAGGGCCGCCCUCCAAAGGACGUGGGCUCGGAGAACGAGUUUGCUGACGAUGAGCACAGCACGGUGGAGGAGAGCGAGGACCGCCGGGGCUCCCUGUUCAUCCCCUACCGCCGCAGCAGCUACAGCGGAUACAGCCAGGGCUCGUCACGCCUCAUCAGCCCACUGGCGCCCCACACUGGAGGGAAGAGGAACAGCACGGUGGACUGCAACGGCGUGGUGUCGCUCAUCGCUCACCAGCCAGGUGGACGCCUUCUGCCUGAGGUGAAAAUAGAUAAGGCAGCCACUGACGACAGUGUAAGGACGUUUUCGGUCUGGUUUCCACUCUCUCUUUCUCUCUCUCUCCCUUCUCUGUCCUCCUCUCUUUUGGUCUCUGAAUUUCUGGUUCCUUCCUCUUCUGUUUAAUUUUCCCUUCUCGAGACUUGCUCAGCACUCACAGCCUUAUUACACACACUCCAUUCUCUAGUCUUUAUUUUCUCUCCUCCCCCUUUGCUUCAGCUGCUCUGAGUGGCGUGCUCUUCUACCAAAGAAAAACAACAGAUUCCUGGCUUCCAUUACACUGUAGUAACCUGUCUAUUAGCCUAGUAGCCCGUUUCAAAGCCUUCUGCAUACAAGCACAUAGUCUCUCUUAGCACCUAUCUAACAAACAUAUAUCUCUGUUGCCAUGCCCCAUCCACAACAAACUCUCUCUUCCCAAGGAGUUGCAAGUUCAAGACCAGUUUAUGCUGUCUUUUGCCACAAUCUCCCCACCUCUCUUUUGUCUUUCCCAAGCUACAAAGAAACGUAACCUUUUUUCAAUAACAGCAUUCUUCCUCAUCCUAGCUAGCAUGGUAGUUUGACAUCCCCUUACUUCUGUCCAAUCCAAGCCAAGCUUUACCUUUUUACCUACUCUCCAAACGUAGCAUGGUACAGUGGCUGUCUUGACUUCUCUUUUCUUAUUGGAUAUAUGCAUGCUCUUGCAUACAGGUUUGGGAAGGGGAUACCACUGCUAUAUGUUUUGGGUGGGAUAAGAUGGUUUGCUUAGAAUGGAAUAAUAUUGUAAGGGACGGGGAUAGUGGCACUUUUAGUGUCUGGUUUAUGGGAUCGGGUUUUCGUGUGUGGGAUAGGAUUAGGUCUCUCUCUCUCUCUCUCUCUCUCUCUCUCUCUCUCUCUCUCUCUCUCUCUCUCUCUCCCUCUCUCUCUCUCCUCUCUCGUUCUCUCCUCUCUCUCCUCUCUCCUCUCUCUCUCCUCAUCUCUCUCUCCUCUCUCUCCUCUCUCUCUCUCUCUCUCUCCUCCAUCUCAUCCUCUCCCUCUCUCUCUCUCGUCUCCUCCUCUCAUUCUCCUCUCUCUCUCUCUCCUCUCUCUCUCUCUCUCUCUCUCUCUCUCUGUGUGUGUGUUUGUCAGACACAAAGGCUUAGUGAUUGGACUGGUUUCAAGAUGAAGUGUGUGUGUGUUUAUGUAUGGCCUCUGACGGGUGUGUGUGUGUGUGUUUCCUCUCCCUGAGCGCAGACCACGGAGGUGGAGGGGAAGAAGAAACACUCGGGCUCCCUGAUGGUGUCUGUGGACCAGCUUGGCCGCAACAAGGACCGCGCCAACAGUGUGAUGAGUGUGGCCACACACACACAUUCACACACACUACUGGAGGGUACGGAACUCACACACACUCUCACACACUGCGUACCCUGGACUGGAGGUGUGGCU